CGCGAGUCCGCCGCGCUGCUACCGCGGAGGGUCAAUGUUAGAGCCUAGUUCAGUGCCAUUCAAGCAAGGUUGCGCCCGCUGAUCGAUCGCUCAACCGGGUACCACUCAAAUUUACGCGCGAUACGUCAAGUGGUUCGAACUUACAGACACAAAGACAUUGUUUACACGGAAAGGUGGUACCUCCACCAUGGAGACGUGCGUUCUGAUUCCGCAAGAGUUCAGUUUGUGCGUGAGGAGUCCUCCUCUAGGCAGGAAACAGCAGGAACCUGAGGUGUCCGUUUGGUCUAACACGACUAUUGCGCAAGGCUCUCUGUGCUAUCCUUUCCAGGGUACCAUCAGGAUCGAUAAGCUGGACGUCUAUGGACAACUAGAUGAUGACGAUAAUGACGCUAGUUGGAUGCUGAUUAAUACCAAUCAAGGGGUUGCCGAGCGCUAA